AUCACAAUCGCUGUCACUUAGCGCCUUGUUGUUUCCACUCCGCCAUAGUAGAGACUGCCAUCUUCCAAGUAUUUUUCUUACCUAGACCAAGUUUUGUGGACUGAUGGCGGUAGAAAUUACUUAAUAAAGUUCGAUUUUAGUCCAUAGGACUUAAAUGAUCAUGGAGACACCAUGACGCACCCUAAUUUUGUAACAAAUGGCGCCAGCCUUGAAGACUGCCAUACUAAUUUCUUCGCAUUGGCUGACCUUUGUGGAAUAAAAUGGCGACGUUAUUAUGCUGAAAGUGCAUUAUGUUACGAGCCUUUAGAUGACCCAGUGCUAUCUUGUUUUAGCAAGUGUUUAGCUGCUGACAUUCUUUGUGUUUGGAGGAGAGUAGCAUCACAAGGUCAAGAACAACAUCGCCACAAUCAAGAUGCUAACCAACUUAACUAUAAAAAGGAACUGUGGGUGUUUUGGUAUGGUGAAGAACCAGAUCUUACUGGGAUGGUCACCACAGAACUUACUGCGGAUCCUGAGCAAGGAUCGUGGGAAAGUGGAUUGUCCUAUGAAUGCAGAACUCUCCUCUUCAAAUCAUUGCACAACUUAAUUGAGAGGAGUUUACUAUCUAGAGGUUUCGCUAGAGUUGGAAGAUGGUUUAUUCAGCCUCAUGAUGGAAUUGACAAGAAUACAAGAAGCCCACAACUUUCUUUUGCAUUCAAUUUUUUUAUACAUGGAGAGAGUACUGUUUGCGCUAGUGUAGACGUCAGACAACGAAUAACUGUUUGUGAACUAACACGUCAGCAUUUAUCUUUAGCACAAGGAAAUUCUAAUGGUCUUAAAGUCAUACUAUGUCCUUACGGGAUAUCAGGCACACUGACUGGACAAACCUAUAAAGAUUCCGAUUUAAGUACACAAAGGAUAUUAAGUGAAUGGCACCAUUUUUACCCUGUACGUUCCAGAAAUACAAAAGAUUUGUUAGCUGAUGAUGAUCACCAUAUCAUGUCUGUUGUAGAAGUUUUAGUUUGUGGUACUAAAAUGCGCUACCCAUCAAGUUACAUAGUUGUUUCUGAAAUGGAUGAAAAUGUUGCCAUUAGCCAGAACUCUAAUUUUUCUUCUUAUAACAGCAACACAUCUUCCACCUUUUGUGCUUCCCAACAAAAGGCUUCCUUAUUCACAGGUGUACUUACACCCCCUACAUCUCCUUGUGAUCCUUCCCUCUCGGUUAACUCUCAUUACAGAAUAGGCUCCAAUAGUGAUAUAAUCAGUGAGCAUGGGUCCUCCUACACUAGCAUAUGGAAAAUUAAAGAAGCAACGUGGCAGGACAGCACUCUGCAAGGAAGAAGGCAGCAAACUGCUGAAAGUGGCGAUCAAGCUGGUGCAUGGGACUUCAGUGAUCCCUCAUCUUUAGUCAAGUGUAAUUGCUCAAGGUGUAAAACUACAGUGAAGCAAGAAAACACGAACAGUAUAAAAGUACCUACAAGUACAAGUUCUUCAAGUACAACUGUGACCGCAAAUCCUGUUGUAUCUGUCGAUAGUCCAAAUAGUGCUUCGAACACUAAUAGUUCUGCUAAUACUACUCGUAAAGUGGAUAAAACAGAAAAACUUAAAGCACAGACACGAUUUAGGACUUCAAUACCUUUCCAUAAACGUAGUGCUUAUUCAGACUCUUCAUCAGAAGUUGAUAGUUACUCUUCAUCUUCUGCGUAUGUCCUGCCUCCUGGGACAGGAACUUCACUGCCAGCUACUGGCUGUACAAACUUUCAGUUUAAAGGACUUAACCAGUCCUUACGCUCCUCCACUCCAAGCGGCCUUCCUCAAUUGCACACUUCAGUUGUUCAGCCUUCAUUAUUGGGAUCUCCGCACCCUGGUACUCCUCUGACAGACAGUACGAACUCUCAAUCAACUGAACCUGCAAUGCCGACGUUGUCUCCGCAUCCUCCUUCCAUAAAGGAAGAGGAGACAGCUCCUCAUGAAUCUCAGGACCAAACAUUAGUUACUCAAAGUCCAUCAACCAUACCUGAACCUAACACCAACAAAGAGAAAACUUCAACAGAUUUGGUAUCUUCUCCUUUUCAAACUAUUCCUGUUGAAAAUAUUAAAACUGAAGUGGAAUCUCCUAACCCUCAAACAAACUGUAGCAAUACUGCUAAUAAUACUUCUAGCAAUAAUUUUGUUGCCACUUCAAAUGAAGAGGCAAAACCACCAGUUUCUAUCACCACCGCCAGUACCUCUGUUCCACCGACUGCUGCCUCUGCAACACAAUCAUCUCUUCCUAUGCAAGGGUUAAAAAGACCUGCCUUGGUGAUGUGUAGCCGGGACGAUCCUCGGGAUGAACUAGUAAUGGAUGGUCUACUCUAUGACUAUUCAUUCUUAAACAGUUCUGUUUGGGAAAACAUGGGUGGCAAGCGACGGAAAUAUCCUCUACACAUAACAGACUUGAUGGAUAUUACUGAAACUAUUAAUUCUUUUUCAAAUACUAGAGAUGGAAUAAGUCCAAUGCAAAUCGAUGAAAAUUUAUUAAUGAAGCAAAAAGAUCCAUAUGAAUUUAAUGACGAAUUUGAUGAAGAUAGCCCGUCAUCUAAUUUUCGUUUGAAGAUGGAAGAGGAUGAAUUAAAGAAAGAACCUGGUUUGCCGAUGACUCCUGAAUCUCAAGCUUUUACCCCAGUUCAGAGCAUAUCUGCUCCCUUGACUCCUAUCCAAGAUAUUAAACCACCUUCAAACAGAGAACAGCCUGUACCUUCACCACAGACUCCUCGCAAUCAAGGUUCCAAUUUCAUUAAUGAAAAAGACUUGCAGGUUUCUGAAAAAGAUCUGGACAAUAUAUUUGAAACCACUUCUUCAAUCGACAGUGUUGAUGACUUGGCUCCGUCAACCCCAACAUCCUGUAAAUUAGCCGGAACACCUGAAGAUCCAUAUUCUGGAAAGUGCAAAAAUUCUGGCAUUGGAAUUUUAGGUGUGAAUGAACUUGCCCGCAUGUUUCCUACUCCACCAUCUAACACUGCUCCAUCACCAUCUGGUGUGCAAUGUGGAACCGACCUUUCAACACUAGACAGUACUGAUUGUUACCGUGAUCGUACUGAGAAUUAUUUGGAGGGCGGAUGCAGUCCAUAUUAUGAACCUGUCAAAGAUUGGUCUUUUGUUUACAAGCUACCUGUACAGUACAAGUUUAUUGGUUCUAAAAGAUAUGCUUCCUUAACUACCUUGCCAAGCCAGUUGCAACCACUUACCUUAACAUCAGAUCACAUUUACAAACCUUCUUGGACGCACACUGUGUCAUCUGCUCCUCUUCCUGCCAACACAACUUUGUCUAAUUCACAAGUUAGUCAUCCUGAUCGACUUGCGACGAAUUCCAAUUCUCAAUAUCCUAUGAUCCCAGGAAGUGAUGGUGAAAGACUUGUGCCGCCCAUGUUUGCCGUGGAAUCUUCUUUAGAUCAACGAACUUUACAAACAAUGAAUUAUGAACUGCAAAGCCCAGCAUCCAGUGCCUCAUCUUACAUGAACAAACACUUAAAUUCUGUGGACAGCAGUGGCACAGCUUCCUCCAUUCCAGAGGCGCACAGUCUGUUAGUGAACCUUGUUUUAGCAGAUUCAAUGCUCAAUCUCUUUAAAGAUCACAAUUUUGCUAGCUGUACAUUAUGUGUGUGCAACAUGAACACUAAAGGUGCUGACGCUGGCAUCAAUCUGCCAAGUAGUCUAAUACCAUCUGGAACUGAUGAACCACAGUAUAAGUGCACAUGUGGUUUCAGUGCAGUUAUCAACAGACACCAAAGUCAUCGCUCGGGUAUUUUCUACGAGGAUGAACUCGAUAUUACGGGUCACCGGUAUGACACAUUUAUGUGCCGGAAAAGUCUCUCUCUAGUAGAAAGCUCAACGCCUAAAAAACCAGAGUUGGGCCAGACUUUAGAAGAUGAAACAAGCGCUCAAGUGGACCAUGUUCCGCACACAGUUGUGGAUCUCAUAAAAGUGCAGUGCUCACAUAUAUACUCAACAUUUUCAUUAUUUCAUAAAGCCGAACAAUAUCGCAAUAUUGAUUGGUUUAGUACUCAUUACAACGCUCUCGAAAUAUCAGAUGGCUGUGAAGUAUGCUUUUUUGCAUUAGACACAGGCCGGCAAGCUGUAGACAAUAUGAAUAACAACAAAAUGGAUGAAAACUUGAAGUCUUCCUGCCUUCAUAAGUGGCCUUAUUUUGCUGCUAAAGUGCCAGUCAGCAAUUUGGACGUUGUCCAUUUAUUACGAUCUCUGCAACCUGUUCUCCAAGAUGCAGUGCAACAAAAACGUCAGAGAAUGUGGGAAGUCACAUAUCCAGUUCUAGGGCCAUUGACGUGGAGGCAGUUCCACAGACUAGCCGGCAGAGGUACUGAAGAUCAAUGUGAACCUCAACCAAUUCCUUCAUUACUUGUAGGAUAUGACAAAGAUUGGUUAGCUCUAUCACCUUUUGCCUUACGAUAUUGGGACAAGCUGCUUUUAGAACCAUAUACUAAUAGUCGAGAUAUUGCAUAUGUUGUUGUUGCUCCAGAUAAUGACUGUGUUCUAACACCUAUUAAAAAGUACUUCAAAGAACUUAGUACUGUAUAUGAACUCUGUCGAUUAGGAAGACACUGUCCUAUUACAAAAGUAUUGCGAGAUGGUAUUAUGCGUGUUGGUAAAAGUACUGCUAAAAAGCUAGCUGAAGAACCCAUCGAUGAUUGGUUUAAUCUUAUUGGAGAUGGACCAAUCGCUAGUAGAUUGAAGCUAUAUGCCCAAGCUUGCCGAUAUCAUUUAGCCCCCCAUUUAUCUCAGCAACCACUUGAUAGCAGUUUGCUGGAUAGCCCACCUAUUUUAAAACCUCCUGAAAAACCUUUAUCAGUUUCUUCCCCAAGAGCACCAGGAAAUGAAAAUCCAGACAAGGAUCAAGCAUUGAGGCCACCUGAAGCUGAUUCAAAAGUAGAUGCUAAUGCUGCCACUGAACAACCUUCUGUUCCUUCUACUCCUGUUACUGAAUCAGCAGAUACUGAAGAUAGUCAGCAGACACCAACUGUAGUUAUAUAUCUUGUUGAUCCUUUCACUCAUGGUUCAGCAGAUGCCGACGUUUAUCGUCUAGCUAGUCUUGGACUUCUCAGGUCUUAUACUCACAUGUUGCAGUUUCUGCCUGAACCUAUGAAAAAUAAUGUUCACUUACAGGUUAUAACUUUGGAUUCAAUACUUAGUCUUGGUCACAUGGAGAGUAAUGAACGUCGCAAAGAUCAACUAAAAGCUCUAGCCUUUUCUGUAUUUUCUCAAUGCCAUCAGAUGUUUAUGCAUCAAACUAUUGCAAAAUCCCUCACAGGAUUUGGUCCAGCUGCAGCUCAAGACAUGUUUAUGAAAAGCAGAGACGCCAGGAACUCCAUCUUCUCCCCACCCUCUAGUAAGGCAUUUACUUUGGCUCCUCAGAAAGACAAGCAAACUGAAUUGGGUGAAAUGUUUGGUGAUAGAAGAGAAAAAUCCAGUAUUUUAUAUUGUACAUAUUGUUUGACGGAAGACCAAAAAUGGUUGGUUGCUAGCUGUACUGAUGAUAAGGGUGAUGUCUUGGAGACAUGUUGCAUCAACAUUGAAGUUCCCAAUAGGACUCGACGGAAAAAAGUGUCUGUGAGGAAACUGGCACUCCACAAACUUCUCGAUUUUAUUGUCCAGGUGCUCUCUAAAUGUUAUCAUGCUUGGAGACUUGUUGUUAGUAGACUGGGUCGUCUAGGUCACGGAGAACUUCGAGAUUGGGCAACGCUGCUUAGUCGCAAGUCACUACUCCGUUACAGUCGGCAGCUUCGGGACCUUUGCCACCAGUGUGGAGUUUUGGGGCCCUCAGACAUGCCUGCAAUUCUCUCUGCAUGCCUGGUGUCUUUAGAACCUGAUUCUGCUCUUAGAGUAAUGGCUGACCAAUUCACUCCUGAUGAUCGUUUUAGUAGUAGUUGUAACUCAUGUGUUCUCAGUACUCCUGAAGAUGCUUCCUGUACACAUAUCCUAGUCUUCCCUACAUCUGCCACUACUCAGUCAUCACAAGCAACAUUCCAGCAAGAGCACAUAGAUCCAUUAUCCACAACAUUAGCUGAUGAUGAUAUCUUCCAAGCACUCAAUGAUGAUGACAUUGCCGUUGGUUCAGAUAUAAAUGAUAUCUUUCGAUGGACUGAGAGCCCACCACAAAGUCCUGGUGGUUCUCCUCGUAGGGAUUCCAUAUCACAGCCUGGUAGUCCCAGUUGUGGUUUGGGUGGACGUCAUUCGCCAUUUCAUCAUGGGGGACCAAAUAGGGGCUCUGGAAAUUUGCCCAUAGACACUAUAGAAGAACCUUUGCAACUUCUCCAACAACCUCUUGCUUUAGGCUAUUAUGUGUCUACUGCUAAAACUGGUCCUUUGCCCAAAUGGUUUUGGUCUAGCUGUCCGCAGUUACAGAAUGUGUGUCCAGUUUUCCUUAAGUCUGCUUUGUUAAUCCAUUCACCUUCUGUGCAACAGAGCUCAGAUGAUUUGCUACAUGCUAAUCCUCACACAAGAAAUUAUCAUCCUCUUGAUUCAAAUCUAACAACUGAUGUGCUCAGGUAUGUUCUUGAAGGCUACAACACUUUAUCCUGGUUAGCACUAGACCCAGCAACAUGUGAUCGUCGGUCAUGCUUACCAGUGCACAUCCAGGUUUUGAUGCAACUUUAUCAAGCUGUUGAAGCUCUCAUAUAAACUAUGCAGCUAAAGAAAACUUUUGGAAACAGGGAACAAAUAUUCAUGUUUAUAGGCAGUUACAGUCAUUUUAAUUAUUUAAAAUAAUGUGAUGUCUUCAGAGUGCAGCACAUGCUACAUAUCAGAGCUCCUUCGUACCCAGAACCAUGUAUCAUAAAUAUAUAUAGAGAGGUUGUAAAGUUCCAACUUUUGAGAGAAGUCCCCCCUUCUGGUAUGAAAAUGUUCUGCAAUGUAUAAAAUGCACAUAUUAUAUAAAAAUGGACUACCUUUUUGUGGUAGCGUAUUAUACAUAAAUAUAUAUAUAUACAUAAAAAACUUGAGUGGAACUAUGGUUUGAGAAUGUGUUAUGAGAGAACCUUUUGUUAAUGGUUAGUGACGAAUGAAAAGUAUAAUUACUAUUUAUUUUGUAUAUAUAAUAAAUAAAAUAAAUAUAAAUAAAUAUAUAUAUAUAUAUAGGGCGUCUGGUCACAUGCAGAAGGAUUGGCGCCCUCCCACGCCAAAAUUAGAUAUAAUGCUACUUAUUAGAUAACCGUAGUUUAAUACCACGGAACUCUGAACAAUCGUAUCUCGAUCGUUGAUUUUGUAUAAAGCAAUGUACAGUUACCAUAAGUAUACAAAUCUUUUUACAAAUCAUGUAUUAAACUCUUGUAAAUGUCCUUCUGUGUUGUUGAAAGCUGUAGGAGCCCAAAACUAAAAUAAAUGAUAGGAGAUUGUAUGGUACUGCCAUCUUAGCAAAGGUAUGCUGGAGUCUUGAUUUUUACUACUUUUCAUUAGUUUCCCACUGCCAGCAAAUCGAAAGAGAUCUUUAAAAAGUAAAAAAGACUAUGCAUAAAUCUGUGCAUAAAAAAAUCAUUUAACAUCUUUAUUUAUCACUCAUACCUAUUUUUACAUAUGUUUUUAAAGUAGCAUUGUGGGGAAUAAGAUAGUUUUGGAUUGGCUGAGCAAUAAGUCUGGCAAAAGGAAUUUUAAAUUAUGCACUCGUGUUAUGCGAACAAAACAUGUAUAGUGAACAUUCAUGUCUUAGAAAAAUUUAAAUGUAAAAAAACAAAAUAUGCAUGUGUUGUAGUUUUCUGACGAUUUUAACAAAGUGUGUUGGUUCUAAAGUGUCCUUUUAAAAAUCUAUGCAAAUAAAUUUUAGAAUGUACAGUUAAAAAAUUAAAUGAAUUCACCUCGAAAAAUAAUCUAUUUAAAAUCAAAACCAAUUUUUGUAGGAGACUUAUGCAAUUUACUUUUACCUUAAAUAUUUAUUACAUUGCAAUUUUUUAAUCAUGCUGAACUGUAUUAUGUGGAUAUUUAAAAUAAUCUAUGCAAUUUUAUUGGCUUAUUUGUAUAACAAAUUGAAUAUUUUAAAAGGUUAAUUCAAAUAGUUUAAGCAGUUUUGUUGACUUAUGAUUGUGCAACAUUUUAAAAUGUCUUAUCGAGGUAUCAAGCAGCAGAAGGAAUUAAAUACUAUUUUUUUUAUAAAUCAAACUUAAAGCAACGAAGAUAUAAUAAAUAGCUGUUGUAUAAUUAAUACUGUAAAAAAUAUUUGUUUCUUGGGUGAAAGAUUUUUGUUUAUUUGAUAUUUUUAACCUAAUUAUUAUGAAAUUAUCAUUGUAAGGAAAGUAAGGCCUCUAAUUGUGAAAAAUUUCUGAAUUCGCACUUGAGAAUGGUUUGUAAUAGACUAUAUCUACAAAGAUCUAUGCAAUUUUAAUGACUUAUUUUUAUGAGAAUUUGUGUAUUAUUACAAUAAUAAUUAAAAUUAUCUGUGCAGUUAAAAGUCAAAUUUUUAAAUUAAAAACUAAAGUUAUUAGGAAUAACUAAGACAUUCAAGCUGUUUAAAAAUUUACCUUAAGGAGUUGAAUAACUAUUUUUUUUAAAUCAAACUUCAUGCAACAAAUGCAUGAUAAGUAAUUAAUACUUUAAAACUAGAGAUAUUUAAAAGGAUCCAUGCAAAUUUAUCAAUUUAUUGUGUGAUAAUUUGACUGUUAUACAAGAAUAUUGAAAAUGGUCUAUUCAGUUUCAUUGACUAAUAAUUGUAUAACAUUUUAAAAUGAGUCAAAUUAAUUUAAGGUGUCAUAAAAUUGGUCUUAAAUUUUAGAAUUAUUUCCAUAUUUACUUAUCAAUAUAUAUAUAUAUAUAUAAUUAUCAUAAUAUAUAUAGAAUUAUUUCCAUAUUUACUUAUCAAUAUAUAUUAGGAAAUAAAAAUUUCCUAAAUCAAAAACUAUAGUUUGUUUUCAGAAUAUCUUUUUGUAGUAUUGAUCAGGGAUAUUAUUUUUUAAAAUUAAACUUAAGUGUGUAAACUAACAAGUGCAUAAUAAAAAGGUUUUAAGUAAUAAACACCGUAAAAACAGAAUAUGUUUAAAAAAAAAAAAAUCUAUGCAAUUUUAUAGAUUUUUUUUGUAUGAUAAUUUUUGUAUCAUAGCAAUUGAAGUUUGCAGUUUUAUUGACUUACGAUUGCAUUUUAAAAUAUAAUUCAAAUAUUUGAAUUGAAGUUAUUCAAAAUAACUAAGGGCAUUCAAGGUGUUCAAAAUUGUUCUUAAUUUUAAUUGUUUUCCUAAUGCCUUAUCAAUGUAUUUUAUUUAAGGAAUUUAAAAAUUUCUAAAAUAAAAAUAACUUGUUUCCAGAAUGUCUUGUUGAGGUAUUAGACAGUUAAAAGAAUUAAAUACUAUUUUUUUUAAUCAAACUUAAAACGACUAAUGCUAUUAAGUAAUUAAAAUAGCUAUUAAAUAAUUAAUACUGUAUAAAUUUACAAUAUUUUAAAUAAUCAAAACCAAUUUUUGACAAAGACUUAAUGCAAUUUGCUUCUACCUUAAAUAUUUAUUAUAUUUCAAUUUUUUAAUGAUAAUGAACUGUGUUAUAUGGAUAUUCUAAGUGAUUUAUGCAAUUUUAUUGAUUUACUUGUAUGACAAUUGGAAUAUUAUACAACGAUAAUUAAAAUGAUCUAUGCAGUUUCAUUGCCUUAUGAUUGUAUAACAUGUCGAAUUUUUGAAUUAAAAAUAAGUUAUUUAAAAUAACUAUUGGCAAGGUGUUAAAAGUGAAUAACUUAAGUAUUUAAAUAUUUGCUUUUAAUAAAACUCAAAGCAACUAUUGAAUAAUAAAUAGCUAAUAAGUAAUUAGUACUCUAAAAAUUGACCAAAAAAACAACAGAAAUAUUUUUAAAUGAUCGAAGCCAAUUUUUAAUGAAAACUUAAUCCAAUUGCUUUUACCUUAAAUAUUUAUUACAUUGCAAUUUUUAAUAAUGCUGAAUUGUGUUUUAUGAAUGUUUAAAAUGAACUAUGCAAUUUUACUUGUAUGACAAUUUAAGUGUUAUACAAUGAUAAUUAAAAUGAUCUAUGCAGUUCUAUUGCCUUAUGAUUGUAUAACAUUAUUAUCAAAUUUUUGAAUUAAAAAUAAGUUAUUUAAAAUAACUAGGGCAUUCUAGGUGUUAAAAGUAAGUACCUUAAGUAUUUAAAUAUUAUUUGUUUAAUAAAAUUUAAAGUGACUAAUGCAUAAUAAAGAGCUAUUAUGUAAUUGAUAAUCUAGAAAUUGACAGGAAAAAAUUUUUUCAUCUGAAAACCAAUUUUUGAUGAACACUAAAUGCAAUUUGUUCUUACCUUAGAUGUUUAUUACAUUGCAAUUUUUUAAUCAUGCUGAAUUAUAUUUUAUGAAUAUUCAAAAUAAUCUAUGCAAUUUUAUUGAAUUAUGUGUAGGAGUAUUGGGGUAUUGUUCAAGGAUAAUUAAAUUGAUCUAUGCAGUUUUAUUGCCUUGUGACUAUAUAACAUAAUGCCAAAUUUUUAAGUUAAAAAUAAAAAAUAUUUAAAAUGACUAAGGCAAGAUGUUAAAAAGUAAGUACUUUAAGCAUUUAAAUACUGUUUUUUUUUUAAUUAAACUUAAAGUGAUUAAUGCAUAAUAAAUAGCUAUUAAAUAAUUAAUACUCUAAAAAUUUGAAGGAAAAAAAAUUUAAAUUAUCAAAACCAAUUUUUGUCAAAAACUUAAUACAAUUUCAUCUUACCUUUAUUCAGUACAUUGCAAUUUAUUAAUUAUACUGAAUAGUAUUUUAUGAAUAAUUAAAAUGAUUUAUGCAAUUAUAUUGCUUUACUUGUAUAACAAUUUGGUUAUUAUACAAGGAUAGUUAAAAUGAUCUAUGCAGUUCUAUUGCCUUAUGCUUGUAUAACGUAUCAAAUUUUUAAAUUUAAAAUAAGAUAUUUAAACUAACUGAAAGUAUUCAGUAUGUUAAAAGUUAGUACCUUAUGCAUUUAAAUACUAUUUUUUUAAUUAAACUUAAAGCGACUGAUGCAUAAUAAUUAGCUAUUAAAUAAUUAAAUGUCUUAAAAUUGAAAGAAAUACAUAAUAAAUAAAAAUUUAAGUGUUCAAAACCAAUUUUUGAUGAAGACUUAAUGAAAUUUGCAAUUACCUUAAAUAUUUAUUGCUUUGCAAUUUUUUAAUUAUGCUGAAUUGUAUUAUCUGAACAUUUAAAAUGAUUUACGCAAUUUUAUUAAUUUACUUGUACGACAAUUUGGGUAUUAUGCAAGGAUAACUGAAAUGAUCUUUGCAGUACUAUUGCCAUGUGAUUGUGUAAACAUUUUAUUAAAUUUUUUGAUUAAAAAUAAGUUAUUUAAUAUAACUAAGGGCAUUCAAGGUGUUAAAAUACUAUAUUUUUAAUCAAACUUAACGCAAAAUAGGCCUGAUAAUUGCCGUAUAUCCCAGUAUAGAAGUUAACCACACACACACACAAAAAAAAAAAGUUUGAACAAUUUUAAAAUUGAACGUGAGAAAAUUAAGUAUACUUAAUUUCUUAAGUCAAAAAUAUUGAAAUAUUUUUGAAUAAAUAGUCUCAACUUUUUUUAUUCUUUUUUUUUUUCCAAACAUAAUUGAAAGUUUUUUUUUUUUUUUUUAAAAAGAACCUUGAUAUAUAAAGAAAAUAGAGAAAAUGCAAAGUUAAUUGUAUAUAGCAUUUUUAAAAUAGUUUAUGAAAGGGCUAAAUUGAUACAGAGUUAUUUUUAUCUGUCUCAUUGUUUAUUAUGCAUCGAUAGUUCACGAUCAUCGAAUGUCUGACUUUAAUAUCGGUGUAUAAGUCAACCCCCUCAUUUUCAUAAAAUUUUGAAAUGUUGACUUGUACACCAGGAUAUACGGUAACUAUUAAGUUGAUACUGCAAAAUAUAUGCACUUUUCUUCAGGCAAAUUUUUUUUUAUUAUUUAAAUUUAUUACAUUUAACAUAAUUACUGAUAUUAUUAAAAGAAAAAAAAAAUCUUUAUUUGUGUAAACUUAAAUAAGAAAUUUGUUUGAGUCUGAAAAGAUUUGUAACUUAUCACUUCCAGUAUCUGUAUGAAGAAUAAUGUUGUGCUUUGUUAAACAACAAUUAAGAUAUCUCGUAAGUGCAGUUUACUUAAGUUUUAAAGGAAUGCUCAAUUUCACUUCUACAAUAUGCAGAGAUUAGUUGAAAUUUACUUGCAGAUUUGGGCAAAACAUUUUCCCCUUAUACACAGAAUGAGUUUAUAAUUUUUUUAAAAUUAAUGUUACAAUGUAUACUAGUCUUCAUUAAUAACUAAAAAAAUUUUUUUAAUUUCAAAGCUUUAAUAUACAAUUGUUUAAAUGGGUCACAGUGCCUAAAAAUGGAUAAAUGUUUAAAUUUUUUAUUGCUUAUUUUAAAAACUUUGAACACAAGAAAAAUUUCAUCACUUUAUUUCCUUUAUUUAGCAAGUUAUAAGCAAUAUUAGGUAGAAAGUUAUCUGUGAGGUAAAAUCGAAUUCAAAAGUGCUUUUUCUCAUUGAUGUAAAUAUUAUUUUAAUCCCCAAUGGGUUUUUUUUCCCCAUUGUAGAUUUUUUUUUUUUACAAUUAGCUUGUUACGCCCAAUAAAAGUGUACUGUACAUUGAAUAAGCAUGUUAAUAAUUAUUAAAAUUUUUACAGAAUGUUAAACCUGGAUGACCAAUACUUUUCACGUUUUUUCUUCAUUUUUUCUAUGUAAAUUAUUGUAAAAAAUUUAACUAUUUGAGUGCACAUAUUUGUAGUGCAGUUUAUUGUUAUUAUUAAGUAAAGAAAUUUUUUUGGAAAAACAAAUUAUCAAUUCUUAGUAUAGUUGGCAUGUAAAGCGCCCAAACAUUAUUUCUUUUAUUUAAAAAACAUAAACCAUAGGGUACUAUCAAGAAAUUCUGUUUUAAUUAAUGUUUACACAAGAUUAUUUCACGGUUAUAGUUAUUUGGGUAUUUUAUUUUUUUUUAAAUUUACAAUACACUUUAGAUAUUAAUUCCCUUUUAAGGAAAAUUAGGCAGUUGUUUCUGCAUAAUCACAUAGCUUAUAUUUUUUUACUGUGAUUGUUUUUAUGAAUUACAGAACUUAUUAUGUAAUGUUUUAUUUAAAUUUACUUUAUACAAUACUUAUUGUAACCAUAUGAAGGUGUAAAUUCUAAUGUGAAAUAGUGGUAAAAAUGUAUCAAUUUAUUGUACUUGCUUUCAUGUGAUAUUUUUUUUUUUUUUUAACGAAAAAGGUAUUUGUAUGCACAAAAAUCUCAAGUGAAAAUCAAUAAUUCACUAAUAAAGCAAUAAUAGAAUAAAAGUUGCAGAAAAUACUUAUGUAAAAUGGGAAGAAUUAAUUUAUGAAUAUACUUAUCUGAUAGUGUCUACUAAAUGCUGUCGAAAUUCAUUAUAUUAGCACACAAUCCUGAUAUUUUCAGAAUUAUUUUUGAGAAUUAACACUAAUAUGUUUGAAAUAUCUUUCUUUUGUUCUUUGAUACUUAUUUUUGUGAUUUUAAAUUUCAUGUUUCUUUCUGAGCAGCAUGAAGCAAUACAAAAAAGAAAAAAAACUUUUAAAAUAAUGUUAAUCUCCAGUUUGCUUUUUAAGUCAGUAAUUUUUAUUUCCUUUAUUUAUAAUUUUCAAAGACUUAAUUUAACUUUAAUUUGCUUUUUAAAAAACAGAACUACAAUUAAUUAAAAAAAAAUGUGUGUAUCUUAUUGCAAUAUAUUUUGUGAAACACAGUGCUUCAGUACUUAAAUAAUUACAUUUUAUAAAGCUUUAAUACAGACACUUUUGAUUUUUUUAAAAAAAAUAUAAAAUCCAAAUUUCUUUAGUAAAGUGUGUCUGAAAUGAAUAUAUUUAUAUUUGCUUUUAAUUGUGAUAUUAAUUUAUUUUUGGUUUAAUUUAUUCUAUAUAAUAUAUAUAUAUAUAUCUUAAAUAUUUGAUUUCAAUGUUUUAUGAAUGAAGUCGUUUUAAGAAGUGAGUUAAAGGGAUUCCAGUGGAAGUUAUUAUUUUUGAAAUUGCUCACAAUACAAUUAUUAAAAUUAGGCAUAUGGAAGAGCUUAAUUCGUGUGCUUAUAGCUGAUUUGUGGCAGCAAUAAUUUAAACUAAGAACAUAAACAUGCAAAAAAAAAAAAAAAAACGAAACCGAUUUACUGCUCAGCCUAAAAUGGAGGAAUCAUGUGUCAUAGGUGCUUCCGAAUGAUUUUGUACAUAGUUAUUUUUCUUUCAUUCAUCUUGCACUGUGGCACAUUCAACUUAGAAAGGACCGCGAAGAACAUAUAAUGUUAAUUCUUUGUUCAAAAUAACAUUUUAUUUUCAUUUAUUUUUUCUUUUUAAAUUUUGUUAUGAUCUCAUCAAUAAAACUGAAUAUUUUUUUAAUAUUUUACUACUAGAUUUUUCUGGAUUUUAUUUAUUUCUAAUUUCUGAUGGUCUAUACAUAAAUCAUAUAUUUUUCUCUGUAGUGAUUUGUAAGAGAACCCUUUUAGAAAAUAAUGCUACAAAAUCUACAUAAAAAAGGAAAUUUAAAUCAUAAUCAUCUGUUUAAUAAGAAAUGAUUUUAAUCCGGUGCAGUGUUUAUUUAUGUCCCAAGAUUUUAAUUCUUUUGUAUAAAUGAGCUUUCUUAUUCUUUGCUUUUAUUUAUUUUUUAAAAUACUUUUUUUUAUGUUUUGUGAUCGAUGAGAUUUUUAUUGCACACGUGUAAGCUAAGAAUUUAUUUUAAAUACUUUUCCUCAAAAGUACUCUAAUGUACAGUUUCUUUAUUGCUUGUAAAGUUUUUAUUUAUGAUGCAUUUAUAUAUAUAUGAAUUCAUACCUUUCAUUGAUAUCAUUUUUAACUUCCGCCAUCCUUUUCUGUACAGUUGAUUAGAAAAAUAAAAUAAUAAAAAAAAAAGUAAAAACUGAUGACAUAAAGAUAUAUCAUUUUGUUUGAUAAAUGCUGCAAAUGUACAAAUCAGUUUUUCUUUGUUCAUAAUAAAUCUAUUUAACUGGUU